AUGCAUUAUGGAGGCAACGAUGGCGUGGAAGGCAGUGAGGAAAGUGAUGAGUCGGCGGUGCGUGGGACGCAGGUGGUGCGGUUCAUGGUGGUGGGGCAAGUGGUGUGUCUAUCACCCGACUGCAGCGUGCAGCAUGCGCAGCUGAAGCCAAGCGUGACCAUCAAGGUGCUUCCCGUGAAGGCAGUGCGUGGAGAGGGCAAGAGAACAAGCAAGGACGGAGGUCAAGAUGGUGUGAGUGCUUCAGCUCCUCCGCCUGCUGCGGACGCUGACGUGGAUAUAUACGACGCAGUCUACCUGGCUCGAGCAAGCCAGCAGGGGACGGGCUGGCAGCAGGAGAAUGACCGUGUUACUUCCGUGCUGGUGCUGGUGCUGGGGGUGAAGGAGCGUGCUGACCUGCAGGAAGGGUUUGGGUUCUUCGUGCAGCACGUGCUGUCAGGCGGGCUUGAGAAGGCGCAUGCAGAGAGGGGGACGAGGGGAGGUGGGGAGCAGGCUGCUAAGAAAGCACGAGGGGAGGGAAAGGGAGGAAGCGGGAAGUUGGCGUCAGUGUUCUCACGGGCAGAGCACCGCAAGCUGGGCGCCAUGUUCUUCGGGGGGUCUACGCGUGCCAGCAGCACCCUGCAGGAUGCAGCCAUUGAGGCGGCCAAGGAGAAACUGAGGAAGCGAGGGCUGGCGACAGGGAUGAAGGAGGGAGUGGCAGUAUCUCGAGCCAGCACUUCUCCUGGCAGCAGCGCUUCUGUCGCCAACAGUGCGCUGUGUGAUGCUGGUAGCGGAGCAUUGGAUUGGGGCCGUGAGCCGGUCAACACAGACCCCACCGUUGGCCUCCUCACCUACCGGGUUGCCCGCAUCUUGCAGUGGCUUUGGAUCUAUGGCUCAGAUUUUAUCUUAGCCAAGAUGUGCUUCAAAGAAAACUCACAAGGUAAGGUCCUGCCCAUGCGCCACCCGCUUCGGGAACUUCCAAGCCUGCUGCUCCGGCUCGACAUUGUUCUCCCCCCUUUGGAUGGAAGCAGCCCCCAUGCAGAAUGGGAGGAGUGGCGUGAGGGGGGCGAAGCUGCUGUGAUAUUUCCCGACGACUCCAAUGCCAGAUGUUUUGGGCUGGGCAAGGUGGAUGGCAUGCAGGGUAGCAGGAACGGUGGGUGUGUGACAACUCAGUAUGGAAGCGUCCAACAGUCUCCCACGAGACAAGUGUCGUCAGCGCGAAGCAAGGAGUGCCGUCCAAUCGUGCGUUGCAGGGCAGAUGCGGACUUGCUGGUGGAGUUCGGCAGUUUGUUGUUAGAGGCACCCGCAUGCGCCCACUACAGCCGCUGCAUCCGCACCUACAUCUCAUACGUCCCCUUCGUCACCUUCAUCGCCAACUUCGCCUAUCGCCCCGCCACUGUCCUCCUCGACUGCUUUCUCUCCAUCUUCCAGCCCCACUCGCAGCAGUUUGAAAACCUUCUCGCCUGCGUGGGCCUGGAAGAUCCGCCUGACGGCCCUUUGGCGGCGGAGGAGCGUGGUGCGAGUGCACGCAAGGACGCAAUGGCGGAGAUCUAUGAGCGCUCUCUGCUUCACGGGGAUGGGAUUCCCACUGCAUGUGGCAGCAGCAGCAGCAGCAGCAGCAGCAGCAGCAUCCAUAGCAAUCAGGAGAGCAAGAAGGGGGAGGAGGCGGCCUAUAUGAGGGCAUGGCCGUGGGGAGUGAAUCUGGUGGCAUGUCUGCGAGAGAUGCUGCUGGGGGAGCCGUGUUACCGCCCUGCCUCCUGUGCUGCUCCAACCACCAUUGCUGCUGCUUGUGGGGGGCAUGUGUGCGCUGUUGUGGGGAGCAAGAAGAUUGAGGGUGGUGGUGUGAAGCUGAAGAACUGUUUUGCAUGUGGCAAGGUGGCGUAUUGCAGUAGAGAGUGCCAAAAGGCGCACCGGCCCUCCUACAAGCUCACAUGCUCCGGCACGACCAGCACCAAGAAGAGUGGGACAACCAGUGGCAAGGCGGGUGAGAAGAUGAGUGGCACGGUGAGUGGCACAGUGAGAGACACGGUGAGUGGCACGGUGAGAGGCACGGUGAGUGGCACGGUGAGAGGCACGGUGAGUGGCAUUGUGAGUGGCAUUGUUAGUGGCAUUGUGAGUGGCAAGGUGAGUGGCAAGGUGAGUGGCACAGUGAGUGGCACGGUGAGAGGCACGGUGAGUGGCACGGUGAGUGGCAUGGUAAGUGGCACGUGGCAGGAUGGGGAUGAAGGCGACAGAGAGAGUGGAAGAAAGGGUGGUGAGAGGGUGGUGAGGGAGUGGUGGGAGGGUGGUGAGAAGGUGGUGAGAGGGUAG